CACUGGCCCGAAGGCCGGCGCCCGGGAGCGCGAGAGGGCUGACGCGUUGCCGCUGUGCCCCCGCCGGCGCUUCUGAGGGGCGGAAGCCGGGCCCAAGGAGGGACCGGCCCGAGCCCAGGGGGACUGCAUCGGGAUCAUGGACCGAGACCAGUGCACGGCGCCGGGCCCGGCCCCGCGGCGGUGGCUGCUGCUGGGCGCCGUGACAGUGGGGCUCCUGGCCCAGAGCGUCCUGGCGGGUGUGAAGAAGUAUGAUGUGCCCUGUGGAGGGAGAGACUGCAGCGGGGGCUGCCAGUGCUACCCUGAGAAAGGAGGGCGGGGUCAGCCAGGGCCAGUGGGCCCCCAGGGAUACACCGGGCCCCCAGGGUUACAAGGAUUCCCAGGACUCCAGGGCCGCAAAGGUGACAAGGGUGAAAGAGGCUCUCCUGGGAUCAUAGGACCAAAAGGAGAUGUGGGACCAAGAGGCGUUUCUGGAUUCCCUGGUGCUGACGGAAUUCCUGGACAUCCUGGGCAAGGUGGGCCCAGAGGACCACCUGGCCAUGAUGGCUGCAACGGAACCAGGGGAGACGUAGGCCAGCAGGGCAUCCCCGGCUCUGGGGGCUUCCCCGGAUCUCCUGGGCCCCAAGGACCGAAAGGGCAGAAAGGUGAACCUUAUGCACUGUCUAGAGAGGACCGCGACAGAUACAGGGGUGAACCUGGAGAGCCUGGAUUGGUCGGUUUCCAGGGGCCUCCUGGCCGCCCUGGGCCUGCGGGACCAAUGGGUCCAGUUGGAACUCCAGGAAGACCAGGACCUCCUGGACCCCCUGGACCAAAAGGACAGCCAGGCAACAGAGGACUUGGUUUUUAUGGAGAAAAGGGUGACAAGGGUGAAGUAGGAGAAGCAGGACCCAAUGGGAUUCCAUCAGAAUUCGACGGGUUCACGGGGCCCACGAAGGACCAGAUCCAAAUAGACAAGUAUAAGGGUGAAAAAGGAAUUCCUGGGGAACAAGGAGUAACAGGCAUUUCCUUGAAGGGAGAAGAGGGAAUCGUUGGCUUUCCAGGAUCCCGGGGUUUCCCUGGCACCGAUGGUGAAAGGGGUUCACCAGGAGAGAAAGGAAGAAAAGGACUGGAUGGCUCUCCAGGCCCUGGGGGACCCCAAGGACCCAAGGGAGAAAUGGGUGAUCUUGGCCCCCCAGGCCCACCAGCCUACUCCCCCCACCCUUCUCUAGCUAAAGGUGGCAGAGGUGACCCAGGAUUUCCAGGGGCCCAUGGGGAGUCAGGAGCCCGGGGUCCACCAGGAGAACCUGGCCCACCAGGCCUUCCAGGCACCUCCAUCAGAGAUGAAGAAGGGACAAGAGGCUUUCCGGGUGAAAUGGGACCCAAAGGCUUCAUAGGAGAACCCGGCAUCCCUGCGCUAUACCCUGGCCCACCAGGAACUGACGGAAAGCCAGGGAGCCCAGGAUUCCCAGGGCCCGCAGGGCUACCUGGACCAGAUGGUUUCCUUUUUGGCCUUAAAGGAACACCGGGAGAGGCGGGCAUUCCUGGGUCUCCUGGUUUCCCUGGCGCUCGCGGACAGAAAGGAUGGAAAGGUGAUUCUGGGGACUGUAAAUGCGCAGACGAUCAGUUCAUCUCACCUCUUCCGGGGCCGCCGGGACAGAAGGGCUUCCCAGGCAUUAGUGGGGCGCCGGGACACAAGGGGCUCCAAGGAGACCCUGGCCACCACGGCAUCCCUGGGUUCCCCGGGUUCAAGGGAAUCCCUGGUGACAUUGGACCUCCUGGACCCAAAGGAAUAAAGGGAGAUUCUAGAACAAUUACCACCAAAGGUGAGAAGGGACAACCUGGUGUCCCAGGCAUUCCUGGUCUGAAAGGUGACGACGGCAUCCAGGGGCGUGAUGGGCUCGAUGGAUUCCCAGGCCUCCCAGGCCCUCCUGGUGAAGGCAUUAAAGGCCCCACAGGGGACGCAGGCUACCCAGGAGCCCCCGGCACCAAGGGCAUCCCAGGAGAAAGGGGUCCUCCAGGACUGGGCCUGCCAGGCCGCAAAGGGGAGCGUGGUUUCCCAGGAGAUUCUGGAUUACCUGGACCACCAGGUUUACCCGGACCUCCCGGCGUACCAGGCCCUCCAGGACAAAUAGAUUGUGAUACAGGUGUGAAAAGGCCCAUCGGAGGUGAUGGACAGCAAGGCGUCCAGCCAGACUGUAUUGGAGGGCCCAAGGGAUUGCCAGGCCAGCCGGGACCCCCAGGACCCAUAGGUGUCAAAGGCCUCAGAGGGAUGCCAGGAUUCUCAGGAGCUGAUGGACCACCAGGACUCAAGGGUUUCCCAGGAGAUCCAGGUCGUGAAGGGUUCCCAGGACCCCCAGGGUUUGUGGGACCCCGAGGAUCCAAAGGCUUGGCGGGCCUCCCUGGCCCAGAUGGACUCCCAGGUCCCAGCGGCGCACCAGGACCAGCUGGGCCACCAGGGGACAAGGGCAUUCCUGGUGAAGUCCUGGGAGCCCAGCCUGGACCCCGGGGAGAUGCUGGACUGCCCGGACAACCUGGACUGAAAGGCCUUCCUGGAGACAGAGGCCCACCUGGAUUCAGGGGAAGCCAAGGGAUGCCAGGAAUGCCGGGCCUGAAGGGUCACCCAGGCUUCCCAGGACCUUUAGGACAACCAGGACUGCCUGGACCACCUGGACAGCAUGGCUACCCUGGAGCUCCUGGCCAGGAGGGGCCCUUGGGACUGCCAGGCGGCGUAGGCAAUGAAGGUCUGCCUGGAGAAAGAGGGGACCCAGGGGACACAGGUGUCCCUGGACCUUUGGGCAUGAAAGGUGUACCUGGUGACAGAGGUGACCCUGGUUUGUUGGGCGAGAGAGGUCCUCAAGGAAACCCUGGCUUUAAAGGAAUAGCCGGAAUGCCUGGUAUCCCUGGGCCAAAAGGUCUUAGAGGUUCACCGGGGAUGGAUGGUUUCCAAGGCAUGAUUGGGCCCCAAGGAAGACCUGGGGUUCCAGGACACAAAGGAGAACCUGGAUUGUUUGGAGUUCCAGGGCAAAAGGGUCUGGCUGGUAUGCCAGGUGGAAAAGGAAACCGAGGGGAACCAGGACCCCCAGGACCACCUCCUUUGAUCGAGCCAGGAAUGCCGUUGAUUAAAGGGGAGAAAGGAGAAGAAGGACCUAUGGGGUUGAAGGGCGACCUGGGUGUAAAAGGUGUUCCAGGAAUGCCGGGGAUCCCUGGGCUGUCAGGCGUCCCUGGGUUGCCUGGGAGGCCCGGCUACAUCAAAGGAGUCAAAGGAGACAUCGGAGUUCCCGGCGUGCCCGGUUUGCCAGGAUUCCCUGGUGUGCCAGGUUCCCCUGGAAUUACAGGGUUUCCAGGCUUCGUAGGAAGUAGGGGUGACAAGGGUGCUCCGGGGACAGCAGGUCUUUAUGGCGAGAGUGGCCCCACGGGUGAUUUUGGUGAUAUUGGAGACACUAUAAAUUUACCCGGAAGCCCAGGCCAGAAGGGGGAACAGGGCACCAUUGGAACACCAGGUCUAAAGGGGUACUUUGGAGAGAAAGGAACAGAAGGUGACAUCGGCUUCCCCGGGAUAACAGGCAUAGCUGGAGCCCAAGGCCCUCCCGGACUUUCAGGGCAAACAGGCUUUCCAGGACUGACAGGCCAGCGGGGGCCACAAGGAGACCCUGGCCGGGCUGGAGUGCCGGGCACCAAAGGAGAUUAUGGCUGGCCAGGUACUCCGGGCUCACCAGGUUCACCGGGCAUCCGAGGCAUCGGUGGAUUACACGGCUUGCCAGGCACCAAAGGCUUCCCAGGAUCCCCAGGUGCAGACAUCCAUGGAGACCCAGGUUUCCCAGGUCCUGCUGGGGAAGCGGGUGAGCCAGGAGAGGCCAACAUCCUUCCAGGCCCUAGCGGAGCCCCAGGACAAAAAGGGGAGCGAGGAGUUCCAGGAGAACGAGGCCCAGCUGGGAGUCCAGGACUGCAGGGGUUCCCAGGCUUCACACCCCCUUCCAACAUCUCUGGGUUACCUGGCGACCAAGGGGCGGCCGGGAUAUUUGGCCUAAAAGGUUAUCCAGGCCCCCCGGGGCCACCUGGGCCUGCUGCUAUUCCUGGAAGCAAAGGUGAUGAGGGGUACCCAGGAGCUCCAGGAAACCCAGGGACCAAAGGAUGGGUUGGGGACCCUGGGCCCCAAGGCCGGCCUGGUGUGUUCGGUCCCCCUGGGGAAAAAGGGCCAAGAGGUGAGCAAGGAUUCAUGGGAAACAUAGGAGUCACCGGAAGUGUGGGCGACCGAGGCCCUAAGGGACCCAAAGGAGAACGAGGGUUCCCGGGUACCCCCGGUCCUGUGGGAUCCCCAGGGAUUGUAGGAAUCCCCCAGAAGAUUACCAUCCAGACCGGGCCAGUGGGUCCACAGGGAAGGAGAGGCCCCCCUGGGGCACAGGGAGAGAUGGGACCCCAGGGUCCCCCAGGAGAACCAGGUUUCCGCGGAGCUCCUGGGAAGGCAGGGCCCCAGGGAAGAGGCGGUGUGUCUGCCAUUCCCGGAUUCCGAGGAGACCAGGGGCCCAUGGGACACCAGGGACCAGUUGGCCAGGAAGGGGAGCCAGGCCGCCCGGGGACCCCCGGCCUGCCCGGCAUGCCUGGCCGCAGCGUCGGCAUCGGCUACCUGCUGGUGAAGCACAGCCAGACAGACCAGGAGCCCAUGUGCCCCGUGGGCAUGAACAAGCUCUGGAGUGGAUACAGCCUGCUGUACUUUGAAGGCCAGGAGAAAGCCCACAACCAGGACCUGGGGCUGGCGGGCUCCUGCCUGGCUCGGUUCAGCACCAUGCCCUUCCUGUACUGCAACCCUGGGGACGUCUGCUACUACGCCAGCCGCAAUGACAAGUCCUACUGGCUCUCCACCACGGCCCCGCUGCCUAUGAUGCCUGUGACCGAAGACGAAAUCAAGCCCUACAUCAGCCGCUGCUCCGUGUGCGAGGCCCCGGCCGUCGCCAUAGCUGUCCACAGUCAGGACGUCUCCAUCCCCCACUGCCCCGCCGGGUGGCGGAGUUUGUGGAUAGGAUAUUCCUUCCUCAUGCACACAGCCGCAGGCGACGAAGGUGGCGGCCAGUCGCUAGUGUCGCCAGGCAGCUGUCUGGAGGACUUCCGAGCCACGCCUUUCAUCGAGUGCAACGGAGGCCGUGGGACCUGCCACUACUUUGCCAACAAGUACAGCUUCUGGCUCACCACCAUCCCCGAGCAGAGCUUCCAGGGCUCGCCGUCCGCCGACACGCUCAAGGCGGGGCUCAUCCGGACCCACAUCAGCCGCUGCCAGGUGUGCAUGAAGAACCUGUGACGCCGCCCCGGCCGCGCUUCGCGCAGGUGCACCCCUGGGGCCACGUUGGUGCUUAUUCUUAACUUAUUACCUCAGGUGCUGACCCCAAAAAUUCAUUUCAGUUUUUUCUGCAAAAACAAAACAGAGAGGCCACCGAAGGAAUUCAGCACCAGCUCUUAUACCAAAUAGCCACUUGUCAUCCAUUCAUAGGUGCUCACCACUAUCUCCACCCUGCAGAGUGCAGCCCUCCUCUGGGACACCGUGACCCCCCAAAAUGGAAGACUGUUGGCCCCAGCACUCCCUGUCAGGCCACACUAGACUAUUAUGAGCUAAGUGUAUGUAAUUAACUUCUUAAUAUGUACCUCUGUAGUCACCGCACUUUCAAACCUCGCACGCAAUCUACUCAUUUAACUCACUUAAUGGGGUGCUAUAGACAAAUGAAGCCAUACAGCCCGAGGGCUCCUGAACUCAUUGCCACUGCUCCCACCUGAGGGUCUCCUGGAGAUGGGCCGACACUGCCCUCUAAGCCAACAGCACUAUGACAGCAGGAUCUUCUCCCAAAUACAGUUGAUGCGAAUUAUCCUAACCCCCUCAAGGCCAAGAAGACAGUCACACACCAUUGGGUUUGGCAAAAGUCACAUAGAAACGAAGACCUUCUAACUGUCUGUUGUCAGCUAGGCUAUUUGACAGCCAACUCCAUACAGUCAGAAGUGAUGUUUCCACCGCCCCCAGGCCACUCUGGAGAUUGACCCUCUUUUUUUUUUUGUGGUAAAUUGUACUCCCAUGACUAAGUUCAAUGUCCUCUAUAAUGACUAUAAAAUAAAAUUUGGUUUUGAACUUUUUUAUA